AUGAGGUCCCACACGGUCGGGGUGCUUCGGCAAUACGCAGCCGCCAUCUCAGCUGCUAUCCCCGUGUUCAUCGUGGGAAGCUGGAUCUCAUGGCCUUCUUCCGCGGUCAAGUCCAUCCUCAGCGGCGAGACCAACCUGGACAUCACCCCAGAGGAACUCUCAUGGGUCGUAUCUCUACUUGACUUGGGAAACGCUCUCAGCCCAAUACCUUCUAGCUUCGUGUCCAACUGGCUCGGCCGCAAACCCACUCUCGUCGCAUUAUCCGUUUCCUUCUUGGGGGCAUCUCUGUUGGUGGUCUUUGCAACAAAUGUAUACUACUUGUACAUUGCUCGCCUCAUCAUCGGCAUCGGUAAGGGUCUCGCCUUCACAGUCGUGCCCAUAUACCUUGGGGAAACAGCCGGUACAAAGGUGAGAGGCAGUGUCGGAACACUCUUCCUAGGCUUGAUGAACUACGGAAUUCUCUUUGAACUGUGCAUCGGUCCACUAGUUUCCUAUGAAACGCUCAACUUGCUUUCAAUCCCUUUUCCCAUCAUAUUCUUCCUCCUUUUCUUCCAAGUCCCAGAAUCACCGUACUACAUGCUGAUGAAAGGACGAGUGAAGGAUGCACAAAAGUCACUCUCUUGGUUUAGAAGUCUUGAGGAGGAUUCUGCGGAAUUGCAACAAGAACUCAAACAGAUCGCUACAAACGUGGAACAAGACAUGAAACAGAGAGGCAGUUAUUUGGAACUGAUCAACACUCCGAGUGCAAGAAGAGCAACACUGAUCAUCAUGGGGCUAUCCUCUCUACAAAGGUUUACAGGUGCUACAUGCAUCACAGCGUAUUCCACCACCACUCUACCCCCGACUGGAGGCUACUUCAGCCCCUCGGUAUACAUGGUGUUCUUCGGAAUCACCAUGAUCUUAGGACAGGUGAUUUGUAGCACUCUGGUGGACAUCUUUGGUCGCAAACCUCUCCUGAUCAUGUCAGGGUUCGGGUGUGCCGUAUCUACAGCCGCAAGUGCUUUGUUUUACUGGCUCGAUGAGUCUUGUGACAUAUCGGCCUUCAACUGGGUGCCUUAUCUGGGUGUCGUUAUAUACGGUGUUAGCUUCUCUACCGGACUGGGAACCAUUCCUCCCAUCAUAUGUGCUGAACUUUACCCAGCAAAUCAUGUGCUACUGUUCUGA